AGCGGGCGGGACCGCGGGUUGAGGUGUCUGCACAGCGUUGCGCUGCUGGGCAGCCCGCGCGGUGGCCCAGGCCGGGGUCUGAGCCCAGCGGCCGCCGCCCAGCGCACAGGACAGCCCGCCCAGCGGGCGCUCCGCACCAUGUCGCUGAACGCCUGGGAGUGGGAAGACGAGGACCAGGCAAGCAUCGACCCCCUGUCGUCGCUGCACAGCUUUCUGCAGACCGCAAACGAGUGUGUGGUGGACGACUACCUGAGGACCCGGGCUCAGGAGUACGACUCGGACAACCGGUACAGCAGCCUCGGGUCCUUGGAAGAGCCCGCCACCGCCUUCGACUCCGACGUCCCCCAGCUCGUGCCCUGCAAAUUUAUCAUCUCGCUGGCCUUCCCCAUAAAUCUGGGCAUUAAAGGAAAAUAUAUAAACCUUCUCGAAAAAUACAAGAAACACCCCAAACUGGACAACCACAUUGCAAAGCUUCGUCGUUUCUACCACAUGGAGUACUUCCUCCUGCCGGAUGACGAGGAACCCAAAAGCGUCGAGAUGGUGUUAUUUCCGGGAAUGGUCAAGGUGUUCCUGGACUCGGGAGUCAAGACUAUUAAGCCAUGGCAAGAAGGUGACAAAGUGUGGGUGUCUUGGAGCCAAACUUUUAACGUCAACAUGACGAAGGAAUUGCUAAAGAAAAUAAAUUUCCAUAAAAUAACCCUGAGGCUCUGGGACAACAAGGACAAGAUUUCAAAGAAAGUCAGGUAUUACCGAUUGAAGGCUGCCAGUUAUUUGGAAGAAACAGGAUCGUUUGAGGAAGUGAGGCGUUUGGUUUUGGAACAGAGAAAACAGUCCAAUCUGGGCCAGGAGAAGGCCAGUAUCAGCAAGGAGGAGUUGGAGGAGGAGCAUCUCUUAGGAAAACAAGAGAAGCCAGAGAAACAAUCAAAGCUUUUGCAAGAGCCUGAAAUCACUUCCAAGAACAGCGAGGAAUAUGAGAAGCCUCUCAAAGCAGAUGAUCUCCCUGCAGUUCGACGAAGCACUUCAAGAACACCCAUUUCUUUGACUGGGGCAACCAUGAUGGAGAUUAAAGAACUGAUUGAGAAAACAUCAUUAAGCAGCUUAACAGACAUGUUAGAAAAACAAAGGUCUCAAAGAAAAGAACCGGAGUUGAAGAGGAGAAGCCAGAAGAGAGGGAAGAAGCACCACACGGAAGAGGAAAUCGACCCGAGCCAGUGGAAGUGCACCUUCUCCAUGCAGCUGGCCAUCAUGCCGCUGCUUGCUGGAUGGCAAACCGUCAUGAGUCGGGGCAGUGAGAAGUCAGCCAACAUUUUAGACUGCGUUUUGACUUUGAAAACAGAAGUGCCUAUCAUGACCGAGGAGCAGAAGCUGGAAUUAAACCCCCUGAUCAUAAAGAUCGAGUCUGUUUCCUGCCUGCCGUCACAACCUGUGCCCUUCCAUGAACUACAGAGGCUGUGCACCCCCGUGUACUGCAGGUACCGGUUCCACAAGACGCCCGUCCACAGGACCGAGGAGCGUCCCCACGGGACCCGCGUUUACUUCGAGGACGUCAAUGUCAUCUUCCUGGGGGCCAUGCACCCCAGCGAGCUGCGGGAGUACCUGGAGGGCCCCCCCAUGGUGGUGGAAGUCCAUGACAGGGACCGCAAGGCGGACGAGUCCUCCCGGAAGCCCGCCCUGUAUGGGGAGGACCCCCUGGACGCCCACGUGAACCUGCAGUCCCUCAUCUCGCCCCGAGAGACGGAGCACAACCCCUUCGAGUCCCAGAACAAGCCCUGGGACCCGCACGGCGUGGCUCGGGUCAGCUUCGCCGACCUGCUCCUGGGCCACACGUACCUGCAGCUGGCCGUCCCCAUCCAGUGCUGCGAGUCCCAGUGCCCACCGCCCUGCCCGGGCCGCGGGGGCCGGAGGGCCACCCGGCUCCGCACGGCCACCCCCGACCUGCUCCAGCACAGCCCCUUGUCCCCCGGCAACUACCUGGAGGCCAACUCCCUGCUGAAGCUGCGGGUGGACGUGGCGGUGCCGCUCAGCAGCUGGACCAGGGCGCAGGACACGGGCUCUCCCUUCGGCCGCAUCGUCUUUGUGUUGGAGUCCAAGGAGCUGCUCCUCCUGCACGGGCUGCUCAGGGACAUCACUGUCACCAAUGCCCGGGCCCUGGAGCUGGACGCCUACCCCACCAGGAACGUGCAGCAGAUCCUGUCCGCCUUCAAGAUGCGCGUGAAGAUCCAGCAGCAGGAGCACCUGGACGUCCUCACCGGCUUCCACCUGCUGGACGGGAAGAUCCACCUCUUUGUUCUGGAAGGCUUGGCACACCGCGGCUUGAGGAAGCUGUGGGAGAGCCACCAGAGCCGGAUCCCGCAGCUGCAGCUCGGGAGCUACAAAGUGCUCUACGACUCGCAGCUGCUCUUCCGCCACCGCCUCUACGCCGACCUGGAGACCGUCCUCUACCACGUGCACCUCUUCAAGCCCGUGUCGCUGCUCAUGCGACACCCGGGGCUCUACUUGCGCAACGCUGUGCCGCACAAGACCUUCCAGGCGCUGGCCAGAAUCUACACCAUCUGCUACCACAGCACCAGGCUCAGGGAGGUGAUUGUCAGAGACCUGCUGCCUUCCGCCACCAUGAUCAGAGACCUGAGCCUCGACUUCGGCCUCCCCAUUUCUCAAGACGACCUCACGGAUCAGAAGCUGCUGACCGUGUCCCCCCCGCCCGCCCCCAAUCUUGAAGAAUUUCGAAGUCGGGCCACUACCCUCAACUCGGAGGUCCUCGCCCACCAGGAGAAGUACCUGCGGUGGCGGAGCAGCAUGCUCCUGAGGGCCAAGCAGAAGGACAGUGUCAUCCAGAAAAACAUCAGGGAGGCCUUCCAGGUGGCCAGGAAGCCCGUCUCCAGGGCGAGGAUGAUCAGAGUCCCCAGCCCCGUGGACAAGGGCGUCCACAACUACAGCACGCAGGCCCUCAACUCCGCCCUGCUGGCCAAGCAGCAGCUGUACCGAGAGAUGGCCAAGGAGCCAGGGAGGAGGUUCACGUACUCGCAGAGUUACCUCUCGGCCACGGUGGAGCCUCGGGACUCGGAGGAGGCGCAGAAGGAGGCCCAGCGGAGGUCGCGCCAGGCCUGGCUCACAGCCGCGGGGUUCCAAGUGACGGGGCUCCAGAGCAGCGUCACCAGCCACCGUCGGGACUUCAUGCUGCUGCCCAUCGGAGAGCUCGCGGAGGUGUGGCGGGAGAGCCCGUCCUUCUACCGGGUGCCGCGUCCGGUGCUGGACCGCGAGAGGUGGAGCUGGGACCGGCGCCACCUGGACUUUGAGCUGUACAAGAAGCCGCCGCCUUUCCUCGGCCUGCCCCCUCCCGUGGCGCCCAGGCCUGUGCCAGGUAGCGCCGGGGACCCGUCCAGGCCGGCGGGCAGGCGCGCUGGCCCGCGCUGCGUCUUCGGCGCUGCCAUUUGACUGUCGGUGUCCGUCCAGUCCCCAGGCUGGAAGUCCCGGUUCAGAGGGGCCUGGGGCCGUGUCCGGGGCUGGGGCCCCGGAGCUGUGGAUUCUAGCCCGGGGGACGCCAGCCGCGACGAGGUAGGUCCCUUCCCCGCGCUGGGCCUGGCUCCUCAGCCAUGAAACGGGGGCUCGGGAGGCAGGUCUAAGGGCCGCCGGACCCUCCAACGCCCUCUGUCUGCGGGGAAGGGCGAGGAAGCCGGGUCGCCUCCCCCAGGUCCCGUCUCAGAAGAGUGGCCUCGCCAUCAUCGAAAGGCCAUGACCCAAAUUUGUUGGUUUGCAGAGAGAAUUUAGCUGGGGAGAGAGGAGGGGACCCAGCAAGGAGCCGGCCACACACAGCUUUCCAGAAGCAAGACCAGAAAACUAGCUCCAAACACCAGCAGCUCCGUCAAGAGGUCCCUUCUCCACGGGCCUGCGCUUCACUCUUCCCUCCCGACACGCCCUGGGCCUUUGGAGACCGCGGAGGAGACUGAGCCCAGAACGCCAGGCGUGUCCCAGGGGUUCCACCACCAGCCUCCCCAGCCGGGGCUCCCUGGGCUCCACUGGCAAAAAGGAGGCUGAGAAACGCAGGCUGGACCCCCUCUGCUCCGCCACAUCAUGCUUAAGAACACUCAGAAUCUCUGAUGGGAAAGGGGGGACGUGGCCUGGCGGCUAAGCCGGUGACACGCCGCAGGAUGGAUGAAGAACUGGAGCCCGCGGGAGUCUGAAAGGCCCCAGAAUCAGGGUGGGGUCUCAUGGCCUCCCCCAGCUUCUCUUAUUCAGAGGAACGCUGUGUGGCCUCCUGUCCCUUUGCCACCAUUGAUUACUAGUUGGGGAAAAAAACCCCAAAUCAAAAAAUAAAUAAAGCUUAGGUUUCAGGCAGGCAGAGUGGUGCACGCCUGUCAUCUCAGCGGCU